AUGAAUUCAUGGGAAGAACUGAGAAAACAAGCCAGGCAUCACGAGAACAUAAUCAACCAGAAAUUAGUGACUUUGAGCAAAUUGAGUUCAGAAGUGAUUCCGGUGAGAAACGACAAUUUUCAAUAUUCAACUCUUAGCGAAGAAACAUUCAAAUCAGCUGUCAACGAUCUAAAGCAAAUUUUCUCAACAUUGGAUACAAUCAACAACAAGCUAGCAGAUAUUUUAGUAGAACAAAAUAACCAGAUUAUGGCUCACACUUCUCAACGGCACAGGGAAGUAUUCAAAGAUUUUGAUCAAGAAUUCAAAAAAAUACAGCAACAUUUCCGGGAACGCCAUGAACGCGAGGAUUUGCUGCAAAGUGUCAGGAGAGUCAUAGACGCCUACAAAACUACAUCGACUGUCUACCAGGCUCCAGAAAUCUACGCCAAAGAACACAAUCAUUUGAGAAACUGCAAUGAUUUGGUUGACAAUCAACUGGAGAUAGCAAUGGAGAUGAAGGAGAAUCUCAACUCGCAAACUAGCCACUUGAAGCAGAUAAAGAGUCGUUUACAUGCAAUUUUGAAUAGCUCUCCUUUGAUAAAUGGACUCUUGCAAAAGGUUAAACUUCGUAAACGGAGAGAUUCACUGGUUAUGGGACUUGUUUUGAGUUGUUGUGCUCUUUUAAUGAUGGCUUACACCAUAUCUUGA